AUGGCGUCCGCUGUGACCCAGUCCCGGGAAGCCGACGAGAUCGAUGCGUUCUUCUCGACCGUCCGCGACAAGAAGUACCAAUUGGUCGUCGAGUUGAACUGUUCGAAGGGCGUGAAGGAGCAGCUCGGGAACGCGCGCGAGCGGUUGAGGAAGUUGAGGGAGCGGGCGGACGGGAUGAUCAAGGCCAAAUACUCGACAUUGCCCUCGUUCCGCGACAGCCUCAGCAAAGAGCUGGCCAACUCGGUGAAGCGCAGCGAGAAGUGGGAGCUGAACCCGCCCGGAUCUGAUUUCGGCUACUCGGUGGACGAGCGGGCCGACGCAGCUGAGAAGCGCCUCACCCGUCUUGCGGUCAAGGCGCGCAACAUGGUGCCGCUGGAAGCCCACCUCCAGAAAAACGGGAUGCUCUACAGCCGUGACGACGACACUCUGCGACUCGUCGACGGUGUCCUCCACGAUGUCCACAAGAGGCUGACCGAAAAGCGCCACGCGGUGCUGAACGUUCCGUGCCUCGACGAGACGAUCGGCUACGGGGGCAGCUGCACCAUCAACGACAAUUUUGGGAGGUCGGUGCAAGCGAUCUCGUCGCUCGUCCAGGCGCUCCAAUAUCUGCGCGAGUAUCCCGAGAUUGUUGGCAAUGCGGAUUCCGCCGAAAUCGACGCCCUUCACGCCGAGCUGAGCCACUUCCUGAAGGUGUUGGACUAUAGGCUGAGCCAGACCCGUGUCUACAGCCCAACGACGGAUCUGAUGAAGCCCCAGCCGGCGCCGAUCUUGCGCAGCCUCAGCGCCCACUUCUCCACGGACACCACCUCCGACACGCGCUCCGUCAGUCUGCGCCCGUCGACCGAUUCCGAGAAUUCGUUCGUGGCGGACGCGGAUGUGUUGACGGCUGUGGCGCCUUGUGAUCGCCAUGCUCCCACUCCCGAAUCGAUCACGCCGCGCGUCGCCGUUGCCCACCCGAGUCUCGCCAAUGGCGUCCAGCUCAACGAGAGUGCCCUGUCCGCCUCACAGCCGAUGUCCGCUUCCGAGGAGCGGGUGCUGAUCUACGGCCGCGUCGCCUCGCCCCUGAUGCGCAUC